UCUAAAAGCUGUGAGGGGGCUGCUGGUUUCGGCGCUGUUGUAGGGACGGAGAGCUUUAGAUCGCCUCGCCGUUUCACUGUGUUCAUUCCUGUGCGGGAGGAAGAAGGGGAGGGAGAAAAAAUGUGUUGUUACAUUGUAUCGAUCUGCCACCGAGAGUCAUACCGUUGUAUCAGGUAUUAGUAUUGAUCAUCGACGCCUCGCAAUAGGAAGUGAAACAUGACCUAAAACAAGAGACGCUGGGUCCACUGGAAGCGAUUUGUUCCUCUCGUGUCACUUACAAACUGACGGCUCAUCACUUGCAAACGUUCCAGGAUCCGGUUGCCUAGCGCCAUGGACAAGAGCCACACAGUGAAGCUCUUCGUGGGUAACCUGGCAUUGGACACCACGCAGGAAGAGCUGUCGGCCAUCUUCGAACCCUACGGUCAGGUGGUCAGCUGCAGCGUGCUGCGGCAGUUCGCCUUUGUGCAUCUGCAGGGGGAGGGUGCUGCGGAGCGGGCCAUCCGGGAGCUCAAUGGACGGGAGUUUCGUGGUCGGAAUUUGGUGGUGGAGGAAUCGAGGGGGAGGCCGCUGCACUCCACCAAGGUGUUUGUGGGUAAUCUGAGCGGCAUGUGCACCACAGAAGACCUCCAGCAGCUGUUCCAGACGUUCGGGAAAGUCCUCGAAUGUGACAAAGUCAAAGGCUAUGCUUUUGUUCACAUGGAAAACAAGGAAGAUGCGCUACAGGCCAUCGAAGCCCUGCACGGCACCUCCUUCAAGGGCCGGCCCCUGUCCGUAGAGCUCUCCAAGGUCCAGCCCAGCAAGCAGGCGCCGACGGGGAAGAUCCCGUGUGUGAACUGUGGGAAGCAGGGCCACUAUGCUGGAGAAUGCCCUGUGGGGAAACCUUCUCUGGAGCAGUACCAGAGUCAGGCAGCGGUCUUGGCUGCUGCCGCCGCUGCGGCCGCCGGCCUACCGCUGCAGGUCCAGCAAAGCGUGCACAAUUCAGUCUACAACACCUCCACCUUUGAUCCCACUUAUGCUGCUCUCACAGGGAUUACCACCGGGACACGCACAGAUGGGAACCCGGUAAAUCCAGCUGUUUAUGGUGCCCUUGCCAGCCAGGUGUACGGUGCCAACGUUGCCAAUCAGCUUUACGGAACGGUGGCCAAUCAGGCCGCUCUCACGUCAGGGGCCACGCAGGUAUACAGCUCCAUGACACCUAAUAUUUACGGUCAGGUGGCUGCGUCCCCAGCAGCCGCCGCUGCUGCUGCCGCCGCUGCCGCUGCCUACACAACUCCGGUUUACACCCCGACAAUGGCCAACCACCCCGUCUAUCUGGCCGCGGCUCCUGGGAUAGAAAUGCCAACAGCGGCAGCCGCCAUUAAUCCUGCCUACUCUGUAGCGCCUGCGAUUUACAGCGCCGCCGCACCAGCCUACGCUCAGUUAAGCGCCAUGGGAGCAGCGGACCCGACUACGGCUAUCUUUGAGGCUGCCAGGCAGGCGCAUUACUUCGCCCAGGGCCAGCAGGUUGUGGCUGAGCAGCAGACGGCAGCUGCCGCCACAGCAGCAGCUGUGGCAAAGUCCGGAGAGAGGGAUCGCAGUCCACUGCGAAGGUCGGCACCUCUGCUUCCGGACCCUGUGAUGAAGCCAUUUAUGUACCAGAGGGCCAAGCCACGCCGACCCCUGCUCCCCACGCCAGCUGGUCGAGCAGCUGAAGAGGCAGUGGAAGCCGCAGAAGACCCCAUGGCCAGGUACUACGCGGAGUACUACCAGCAGCUCCAGCAGUACCCACAGUUCCAGUAUGCCUACGCAUCACCGAGCGCAGUGACCGCCAUCCCUGGCAUGCCGGGAAUGCAGGCCAUGCAAGCGGUCCAAGCAGUUCAGGCUGUCCCCGCGAUGCAAGCCCAGCCCGUCACCACGCUGGACGCGCUCAGGCCAGUGGUCCCCGCCGCUGCGGCAGUGGCAGCCGCCAUGGCUGCGCCCAGGGUGUAUGAGCCGCCGUUGCCGCCGCCCACGCGCAAGGAGGCCAUCCUCCGCCGCCCCGAACUCUCCCUUCACACGCCUGAGCCCCCCUUCCGAUAGUCGCACACAACUCUCUGCCCGCCCCUCCCUCUUUGCCCUGAACCCCUCCCACCCUUCACCCUCCCUCACCCGCCCCAAUCUCCUCUUCCAACCCCAAACUUGACCACCUUACAGCAGCUGUAUGUACGUGUGUGUGUGUGUGUGGGUGUGUGUGUGUGUCUGGGGGCUCUAAGUGUGUGGUAUUAAACUGGGGACUCCUUGGUUUAUUAACCUGCUUUAGGAGAAACUUGAUACGCCAGCCUUGGUUCAGUUUGCACGCACACACAGUGCAGCCACCGAAAGGGAGGCUUUCAUCUGUCGCGCGGGCAUUCUUUGUGCUUCUCAGUUUUACUUUUUUAUCGUGCCAGUCUCACACGUGUGCCAGUAUUAGGCCGACCCGCUCGGCCGUUUCAUAUAUGCCUUUAUUUCCGCAAACCCAGUUAUGAUUUUCUAAGGCCGAGACCUUCGAUUGACGACAUCAGCCAUCCUCCUUAGGCCUAGAUGAUCAGUUAGGGCAGCUAAUUUGAAACCUUUUUUGCCUUAUGUUGAAGAGUUUCAAUUUGCAACGUAACCAGAUGGAAAGUCAGGGCGACGCUCUCGCGCGUGACGGCUGCGCUGCGUCGCGUCCGGCCGAACCAAGGUUGAGUCUUCUUUGUUUUUUGGUUUGUUUGGGGUUUUUUUUCGAGGGACGUUUUGUCUUGAAUGUGACGUGGGCUGUGACGCGUGUGAGCGAGUGAGAGGUGAGGGCUUGCUGACCUUGCAGCGCACAAACGCAGCAGCAAAAAAAGAAAAUAAAACUUUGCCGAAAAGGAAAGGAGAGAAAAAAAAGAGUAAAGCACACAUAAACGUACUGUAAUGUAUGUUUGGAUCUCCCCUUUGACUCCCUUUUUUUUUUUCUGAACCCCCCCUCCUCCCCUCCCGCUCCACCCUUACUCUAACUGCAGCAAUGAAAGACACUGCUUCACCUCUCCCUCUCUCGCUCUUUGUAAUUACAGCUGCCUACCUCUUACAGCAAAUUUCAAUGUCUAUUCUUUUCUAUUGUGUUCUCUUAUAUUGUCGGCAGUUCCCGCUCCUUGUAAAGGGACAGGGUCAGCAGUUUAGAGGGGGAGGAGCCAGAUAUUACCGACAGUGACUUUUUUUUGUAGAUGUUCCGUAUGGAGUCCAUCAUUUUCAGAGGCCUUUUUUAAAAAUAGUGUAAAUGUGUUUUUUGUUGUUUACCUGUGACGUAAGUCAGCCUGGGAUGUGAUGAACUGUAAACGGUGGUGAAAGGAGGGAGAAAAAAAUCAAUGUGUUACUACUGAGGGAGCAGUUUACAAAAGGAUCUUUUAAUCGCAUCCUGUUGGAAACCACGAUGGUAUGUGACAGGCUCAAUCAUGUGCCUAUAAAGCCUCGAGUGAAGUGCAUUAAGUGGAGGGACCUCCCAUUUUUAAGUGCUUUUGACAUUAUUUUUUAAUCAUUUCAAGGAGGGCGGGGGGAGCCCGACCUCCAGAGCUUUAGUAUCCAGAAGGCUUGGAGAGCGAGCGAAGCUUUCUCUGGGAUUUGUUUCACAGCUCUUAAAAGAAAAAGCCACAAACCGAGCCUUCACGGGUUCGUUACUUUACUAACUGCUGGUUAAAGCAGAAACGACAGUGAUAGCACCAAUGAAGUGAGAGGUGGGGCAGCGUCGUCCACGUGCUUCUUUGACCCUCCGAAUACCAGACCAGCUUUAGAUUGCGAUUGCAAAAAAGGGAAAAGAGCAAAAGUGUCUGUUUUAAUAUAUCUGUUAGGGCUUGUAGAACUGGACUUUGACGAGUGGCAAAUCCCACCCGCGUAGCUCUGCGUUUCAUUAAAACAGCCACUUUCAAAGUAUUUUGCAACUGCUAUGUGACGGCGGUCUGCUGCACACGCCCCUUUACUGCCCUCCCGUUCCCCCCUCCUCCUCCCCUCCUCUCUCUCCCCCUGUGUUUUUUUUUUCUUUCUUUCUUUCUUUUUGUUUUUUAGCGGUUGAGCGACUUCUUUGCAUCUCACGGUGUAAUCUCUCUCUGUGUCGUAUAUACAGAACACAUACCAGUUGCAUCCUUUGUAGAACUAUGUGGUUUGCGAAAUGUCUUGUUUGCCAUGUUUGAGAUCGUAUUUUUUAGAGAAGUAUUUUCAUUUUUUUUUUUUGCCUUCUUUUUAAGAAAAAUAUAAAAAGUCAAAAGUUUAAAAAAAAAAAUCAUUCAAAAAAAAAAAUCAGCAUGCUUUUUAUUGAGAAUAUGUAUUACUAUAAACCUUAUUAUAAUAAAGAAUGUUUUGGCUGACACUAA